UCUCAGUAACGCAAGUACUACUAGUAGUUUAUAAAAAGGUAAAGUAUGUUUGCUCCAUACUCCUGUCUUGAGUCGCACAAUAGAUUCUGAGGAAACAACAUUAAAGAAGACAAAAAUGAGUCUCCAGCCAUCCAGAGUUGGUUCCAUUCUCAGGCAAAUCUUGCUGGUUUGGCUAAUUUUGAUGGCAAUAUCAGCAAGAAGUGCAGAGGCAAAAUGUGCUUUUAAGGCUAUCUUCAAUUUUGGAGAUUCAAACUCUGACACUGGAGGUUUUUGGGCUGCCUUUCCAGCUCAGAGUCCCCCUUUCGGAAUGACUUACUUCAAGAGACCAGUUGGUCGGGCUACUGAUGGCAGGCUCAUUAUUGAUUUCCUGGCACAAGCAUUAGGCCAGCCAUUUCUGAGCCCAUAUCUGCAAUCAAUAGGAUCUGAUUUCAGACAUGGUGCCAACUUUGCGACAUUGGCAUCCACAGUGCUCCUGCCAAAUACUUCCUUGUUUGUUACAGGAAUCAGCCCCUUUUCUCUGGCCAUUCAGCUCAAUCAAAUGAAGCAAUUUAAGGUUGAAGUUGAAAAACAUCACAGGACUCACGCCAAAGGAGCCAAACUUCCUGCACCUAGCAUAUUUGGAAAAUCUCUUUAUACGUUCUAUAUUGGCCAGAACGACUUCACCUCUAAUUUGGUAUCUCUUGGUAUAAGCGGAGUAAAACAAUUUCUGCCUCAGGUGGUUUCCCAGAUUGCUUAUACAAUCAAGGAUCUUUAUUCCUUAGGGGGGCGAACAUUUUUAGUUCUGAACCUUGCUCCUGUAGGGUGCUAUCCAGCACUUCUAGUGGAGCUUCCUCACAACAGUACUGAUGUUGAUGAAUUUGGAUGCUUGAUUUCUUACAACAAUGCUGUUGUGGACUACAACAAUAUGCUAAAGGAAGCACUGACAAAUAUUAGGAAAGAUCUUCCAAAAGCAUCUGUCGUGUAUGUGGAUACUCAUGCAGUACUGCUAGAGCUCUUUCAGCACCCCAAAUCUCACGGACUAAAGUAUGGCACGAAAGCAUGUUGUGGAUAUGGGGGAGGUGCUCAAAACUUUAACCAACAAGUUUACUGUGGAAACAACAAACUGAUCAAUGGACACAACGUUACUGCUACUGCAUGUAGCGAUCCACAAAAUUAUGUCAGCUGGGAUGGAAUCCAUGCAACAGAAGCUGCAAACAAGCUCACUGCUCAUGCAAUUUUAAAUGGUUCUUACUCUGAUCCUCCUUUUCCACUCCACAAGUUCUGCGAUAUUCAGCCUAUAGGUUGAUCAGUGCCUCUUGUACUCAAACGCAACGAAGAAUAAACAAUCCAAUCCUUAUUCUGAGAACAGAAUACUGAUCAAGCUUUAUGAUUUGAAAUUCUGUGGUUGAUACAACUGCAUUAUUAAGCAGAUUUCUUCAUCACUUCCACUACCUCACCCCCAAUUGCAACCUUUAUUAAAAAGAUAUUUAAUUGA